CAGUGAGGCUGCUGGCGUGUGAUGUCGCCUUUCCUGGUCUGCUGAUUGGCAGCAGCUCCAAGCGUCAUCUUCUCACAUGACAGUAUCCGCAGGCGAGGAGGGCUGCUUCUCUCUGCAUGUUUUCUGUUAAUGAGGAAGAAAAUAGAGAGGCUGCCGGUAGGCUUCCCCUAGCAUCUCACUGGCUGUGUUACAUCACAUGCUCAUUCCUAAACGCCACUGGGGAAGGAGAUGUAUUUACUGUGAUGACCGCAGAAUAAUCAUUUCUCUUUUUGCAGCUGAGAAUGUACCUUCUUCGCAUACUGGGGCAGAAAAUACCCAAGAAAAGUUGCAGUUGUCCAGCAAGGACAACGAAGAAGACAUGGUUGCCGAGCUGGGAGCCAGCAAUGGCAGCUGCACGGAUUCACUGAAGAGUGUUGAGAAGAAGACUUUAAGGGUUAAGUUUCCAUUGAGGAUUGAAGAUCUCUCUGUAAGCAGUGUUUCAUCCAUAUAUUGUAUUGAUGAUUCAUGGCAUUCAGCAGAUGAUGACGCAGAUCUUGCUCCGAAGAAAGUCUGGCAUCCAAGGUCCACAAAGCCGAUUCAGGCCUGGCAAGAUCCCACGAUAAACACAGAGGCAAAAGAUGGUGUUUUGAAACCAGGAACUAGCGCCUCCUUUGAGGACAAUAAUUCUGAUCAUAAAAAUGAAGAUGUGGUUACAACCUUUCCCGAACCAUCAACCGAAGUUCCAGGCUUUUCUCAUCCUGCCUUCCCAGCACCGGAACCUCUCCCAUCUUCAGCAGUCUUUGGUGUUACAGAGGAAGAAGCAGCAAAGCCAAAAACUGGGGGAAAAGAGAACGGCACUCGGACUAUUAACAGUGUCCUAAAGGAGCAAGCAGAUCAUAACAAAUUGGUUUCUAUUGAUGGAGCACAUAAAAAUGACAAAGGUGGCAAAACCUCAGCAUUAGGAUUAGAAGAAAAGGAAGCUGUAGAACCAUCCUGGGACUCUGAGGUAGAUCUGCAACGAACAUUUCAGGAGAAGAAAAAGCAUGGGGAAUAGUAAUAAAUACAUGGUGUUAAAAUGCCAGCAGUUUGGUUUAGUGAUGUUUUACUGAGAACAGCCCAGUUUGGGCAGGGAAAGUAGCGUGCACUGAGUACUUUUAUGGCGACCGAAAUGAAGGAAGCUAAGUGCAGGGUAGUGGUGACCUAUUCCAAGGUGAUAGCUGUGGAAAGAGGUCAGAAGAGCCCAAGCCCUUGGAUCUCGGUAGCUCCUGCCUAGUGGCACAGCACUGUACUUGAAGUCAGCAGACGUGGUAGCAUCCUGGUUCUGACCCACUGUGGGAUCUUGGGAAAACUUGUCUGACUUGUUUGAAUGUCAGUGACCUCGUUCAAAAAUAUGAUAUUGACACCUAAACUUCAGGUUAUGUGUCAUGAACAAAAAUGUGGUAACAAAUGUGAAAACACAUUGUCAGCUGUAAAGGAUGCUAUAGAAAUGUAAGACAGAAUGAUGACAGUAGCCACUAGUGACCUACUAAAAUCUUGAGGACGCUUUUUUAAAAUCUGAAGGAUGAUAAGAUGGGAAAGUUAGAGCGGGCACGGGAUUUCUCAUUUGGGGUAUGUUGAGUGUCGGUGGGCUGUUAUCAGACAUUUCCGAUAGGUAUAUAGUGCUUUGGUACUUGGUGACCUCUGGGUAUUUUAGAUGUUUUGACCUUAAAUAACUUCCUGUUCCUGAACACCAGCUAUGCAUCGGGCCGUUAGACACUGAAUGUAGCAGUUGAGGGGUGAGGCUGUAGUGGCAGGAAAAGAAGAACAAGUAAACAGGAACCGUAUUUCAGGGACAGUAACUCCUUCUAUGAGGAACGUGGAGAGAGUUAGGUUAGACAACCGUGGGGGAGUUUGUAGUUAGGACUGGGGUGGAGUAAGGGUGGAAUUUAGGUAGUCAGACAAGAGCUGAGUGUGACCAAAGCUGCCAGGUGACGGACAGGAAGGAGCCAGCACACGAAGGUCCAGGGGAGGGAUGUUCCAGACAGAGAGAUCAGCGGGUCCCGUCUGCUCAUCACGGUGCUCCAGCAUCUUGGAGUGGCCAGGAAGCAGCAAGUGGAGUACCACCAAGGUUCAACUACCGAACUAUGUUGAUCAGUUAUCUGGAGCUGCAGGUCAAGGAG